UAAUACAGCAGGACUCAAUAUAGGCCAGUGCAGUAGUGUUUUCUGUGUGAUGGAAGGAUGAAGAUUGUUCCUUUGUAUUUUGUAUCUAUUUUAAAGGCACUCUUUAAACACAAACCUCAGGAUAGUAGUCCAUUGUUAAUCAUGUCUCUGUUCCACAGGACAACAGAUAUUAAAGCAAGCUCUGCUCUUCAGCUGCCUGCAGUUCAUGUCAAAGUGUUAGAGAUAAAGAGGAAGUUGAGGUGGCUGUUUUCAAGUAGCAGCAUGGAGCCUAGGAAAUUGCUACAAGCAAGUCUGGCCUUGUUAAUCCUUGCAACCUGCAGCUGUGGAGGACAUGUCACAUCAGCCAUAAAUCGGUGCUGUUCAGUCCACGCAGGACCCACUCUGAAAAUGGACCAGGCUUUGUUGACAUUUCAUAAUCAGCUAGCAGAAGAAGUGCAGGUUCUCUACACGUCAGAUUACUGCUACAAGUGUGUGUACCAGCAUUUGGUGACUGUGAAACCAGACAACAACAAUGCAUCUGCGGUGAUCAGCAUUAAAUUCACUCUGACUAUGCAAGUGGACUCGCAGACCAGAAAUGCAACCCUUUGCAGGUGGAGUGAAACAUAUGGAGAAGGUGGUCAUUACUCUGUCUGGAUCCAGAUGUCAGAAACUGCCAGUGAUCCAAGCUGCACUCGCACAGUGGAUAAGAGACCAAGCAACGCAUACCUGCCUGUUCUGGUGGUAGCUCUCCUACUGGCCAUGAUCACUCUCUUUUUUGUUGUGGCACCCCACAUCUACAGGAGGUAUUCUACAUCAAAAUUUAUUAGAGCUAUUUGCUGCCAAGGCCCACAGAACUCAGUGGAUGAUGAUGGAACACACGAGGCUAAGCACAGUACUGAUAAACCAGCACGCCUGCACUCACUGGAUGCUUUUCGAGGGUUUGCUCUGACAGUGAUGGUGUUUGUGAACUACGGUGGAGGAGGAUACUGGUUCUUUCAGCAUGCACCAUGGAAUGGUCUGACUGUGGCAGAUCUUGUCAUGCCGUGGUUUGUGUUUAUCAUUGGAACAUCGGUGGUUUUGGCUUUCAGAUCCAUGCAGAGGAGAGGAAUUAACCGUCUGCAGCUGCUGCGCAAGAUCUCCUGGAGAACAGUCGUCCUCCUGCUGCUCGGCUUCUGCUUCCUUAACUACUCUCCGAGAGAUGGGCCACUGUCCUGGUCCUGGCUGCGGAUCCCCGGGGUGCUGCAGCGUCUGGGCUUCACCUACUUUGUUCUCUCUCUCCUGCAGACUUUCUGGGACCAGAAAGAAAUCCCACUGAAAGAAUACCACUGGUGGAACCCGAUCCAGGACCUGGUCCUUUAUUGGCCACAGUGGCUGAUCAUCACCCUGCUGGAGAUUCUGUGGCUGUGCAUCACCUUCCUCAUGCCUGUACCCAACUGCCCCACAGGGUAUUUGGGAGCCGGUGGAAUUGGUGAUAAUGGUCUCUACCCAAACUGCACUGGAGGUGCAGCAGGAUACAUUGACAGAUGGAUCUUUGGUGAUAACAUGUACAGAUACCCCACAUGCAAAGAAAUGUAUCACACCACACAGCCCUUUGAUCCAGAGGGGGUUCUGGGCACGAUCAAUUCGAUUGUAAUGGGAUUUCUGGGAAUGCAGGCUGGGAAAAUUAUCAUUUUCUGCAAGGGAAUGAACUUCCACAUUCUUUGUCGAUUCCUUGCGUGGGCUGUCCUACUGGGAAUCUCUGCAGCCAUCCUUUCUAAGUGCACACAAGAUGGAGGAUUUAUACCUGUCAAUAAAAACCUUUGGUCGUUAUCCUAUGUGAUGUGUAUGGGCUGUUUCUCCUUCCUGCUGCUAGGAGGCAUGUACUUUGUCAUCGAUAUCAAGGGCUGGUGGGGUGGACAGCCAUUCAUCUAUCCAGGGAUGAACUCCAUCUUGGUGUAUACUGGUCACUUUCUCCUGGGUUUCUAUUUCCCGUUCAGCUGGGAGAUGCGCUUCCAGGAGAGCCACUGGGAGUGGCUCUUCCAAAGCUUGUGGGGAACUGCACUCUGGAUGCUGUGCUGCCUGCUGCCGCGGAAGCAGCGGGGCAGUGAGUAGUGAAGCAGUGAACCUCCUCCCCCCGAGCAGGCAGUCAGCCCAGCAGCAGCGCGUUUAUGGGACACUGAGGACUUCAUUUGACUGCGCGGCGCCGCGCACACAGGACGCACAUUGGUUUAAUCAGCGCAUUUGUUUAUUUUAUCGCUUUGAUUAAAAAGAAAUUCUUCGUCCAAAGGAACAUUUUUCUUUAAACCGCGUUUUUA